UGCUGCCCCUGCACCCCGGUUCCCGUGCAUCCCUGGGGCGCUCCCCGCUGACCGCUCUGUGCAUCCCUUUUGCCGUGCAUCCCUGCUCUCUCCCCGUGCACCUCUCUCCCGUGCCUCCCGGAGCAGUCCCCACUCUCCCGCGCUCUCCGGCCAUGAACAGCUCAGCCGCGGGCUGGCAGCCCGAGGCAGUGCUCAUCCCGCUUGCCUACCUCCUCAUCUUCCUCAUCGGCACCGUGGGCAACUGCCUGGUCCUGGCCGUGCUGCUGCGCAGCGGGCGGGUGAAGAACACCACCAACCUCUUCAUCCUCAACCUGGGGGUGGCCGACCUCUGCUUCAUCCUCUGCUGCGUCCCCUUCCAAGCCACCAUCUACACCCUGGACGGGUGGGUGUUUGGGCCCUUCAUGUGCAAGGCCGUCCACUUCUUCAUCUUCCUCACCAUGUACUCCAGCAGCUUCACCCUGACCACCGUCUCCCUUGACAGGUACCUGGCCAUCCGCUACCCCCUGCACUCACGGGAGCUGAGGACACCCCGGAACACCCUCACUGCCAUCUGCUUCAUCUGGGGUCUUUCCUUCAUCCUCUCGGGCCCUUACCUCAGCUACUACAAGGAGUUCCAGCUGGCCAACCUGACCGUCUGCCACCCCAUCUGGGAGAUCUCCCAGCGCAAGGUCAUGGACAUCUGCACCUUCAUCUUCAGCUACAUCAUCCCGGUGCUGAUCCUGAGCCUCACCUACGGGCGGACUAUUCACUACCUGUGGAGGUCCGUGGACCCUCUCCAAGACAUGUCAGAGGCCAAGAAGGCCAAGCGGAAGGUCACGAGGAUAAUCAUCAUUGUAGCUGUCCUGUUCUGCCUCUGUUGGCUGCCCCAUCACCUGCUCAUCCUCUGUGUGUGGUUCGGGUACUUCCCCCUCAAUCACACCACGUACGUGCUCCGCAUCCUCUCACAUCUCGUCUCUUACACCAACUCCUGUGUGAACCCCAUCGUCUACGCCCUGGUCUCCAAAUACUUCCGCAAGGGCUUCAAGGAGAUCCUCAUCUGCCUCCUGCACCAGGAGCCAGCCCACAGGGGCCACGAGGCCCAGGUGAUGAACCCACUCAGCAUGCUGGAGGCAGAGCUCAGCGAGGUGACCCAUGGUGGCUGCUCCUGCCUGCGCUGCACGGGCCCAGCCCAGACCUGGGGGACAGCAGAGCUGGUGGGACAGCAGCGGGCAGCUGAUGGCUCCUGCAUCACCUUCAGCAUCACCUAGCAGAGCUCCUUCCCACCCCGUGGCUCUGCAGUGUCCUGCAGCAUCACAGGCCUGGGGAUGGGCUAUGUUUGGGGUUGAAAUGCAUCUAAACAUACUCUUUUCCAUUGAAAUGCACCCAGAUACUAUAACUGUUAAAGUGAUGCUGCUGACUACAGACUCAGCCAAGCAACCAAGCAGGGAGCCAAGGGCAGGAUUUGCUUCCACCAUGCACAUACUGAGAGCUUUUCACACAAACUUUCAUGUGUCUCAAAUGCUCCUCUGUCAGGACUUACACCCAGUUACAUCUACACCUGGAGCUUAUUGAAAGCUCUGCUCCCUCCAACCAACACAACCUCCAGCUGGGUGCACUUUUAGGGACAUUUGGGAAGUCUUGGUUCAUUUGUAUCCCAGUUCAGCAGCUGAGUCCCAAGGAACCACAGCCCCAUAGGCAAAAACCUGGCUCAGGUAGAAAAUCCAGGAGAGAAGCAUAAAAGUCAGGACAGAAACCUUCCAGUGCUGGCUGGGCUGCCACAGCUCCUGGGGGCUUGUGGCUUGGAGAGGUUUCCCCAUGGCUGGAAGCUGGAACACAUAUCCAUAGACAAGUAUGGAGUGCUGAGGGCACAGAGAACCAUCACCCUAUGCUGCUGCUGUCCAUGGCUCACCCUGGCCAUUAGGGUACAUGCGAGGCUCUGGCUCUGCAGCCCAGGCAGAGGUCACCAAGGACCGGUGGGGUGGAAGGAACACAGCCGUGGCCCCACAGGAGAGGCUGUGCUGCCAGGGGAAGGGGAGCAGGGCAUCAAUGCUCAGUGCCACUCACAGGCAGCUUGGGCAUAGCUCAGCAAGGUGCUUGUGGAGGAGAGAAAAGCUUCCUAUGGCCAUG